CCAAGUUCAGCUCAGUGCUCCCCAGCCGGCACACAGCUCCUCUCUGCUGCUGUUGUCAUUUUCCCUCAAUGGUUCUGUUUUCUCGCCUGUUGGUUAGUGUUGUGUGCUUUUCCAUGAGGUAUCUGGACACCGAGAGGAUGCGCAUUCUGGAGAGACAAACCUUUAAAGUUGUCUGUUCGCUCGCUCCGAGGCGGUGUUAGUGGACACAUAAAUGGUUUUGGAGUUGGAAUGAACAAUGGUGCGGCUCCUUGGUGCUCUGACCGGGGGCAUGCUCGCGUGUCGGCUGCAGCUCCUGCUCUGCGUGCUGGAGUUGGAGCUCGUAGCUGGGGCGUCUACUUUCCAAGGUUUCUAUCUUCCACCUGCGAGCGGGUCGCUUCUUCCACCUGCCCGGAGGACAGACGGUGUGGUGCGGACCAUUGACCGGAUUUACCAUGGAGGAGGGAAGGUUGGCUACCUGGUGUACCUGGAUGGGAGCCGCUUUCAGUUGGACAUGGAGCGAGAUGAAACGGUGUUGUCGCAUCACUUCAGCCCACAAUAUGUGCUCGCUAUGAUGGGGCAGAGCCCUGCGCUUUUGCGGCGUGAGUGUGCGUACCGCGGGACUGUCAACUCCAGCCCGGAGUCCUUAGCCGUCUUCAGUCUCUGUAGAGGGGGUCUCGAGGGCUUCUUCGCCGUGAAUCAGUCACGCUAUACCAUCACGCCUAUCAUUAGGGCAAAGGGACACGAGCACGAUGCGCGUACCCUCCAGGACAAGGACGCAGAGAGCGCGCUCCACGCGUUCACGCGCGAAAGUUUCAGUUUCGAGGCACCGAGCGAAGGACGCGAGAGCUGCGGGACUCACGACAAGCGCAGGGGACGCAGAGACGCACUGGGGCGAAGGCGGAGCAGAGAUCGUGGGAAAGGGAGACGGGACAGGGAGGGACUCGCCACGCACGAUGACCACGACUCCCGCGCGCGGAGACGGUGGAGCCGGCUCGUCAGAGCCGCGGCCGCGGAGCCCGGCGCACGGCGCAAGAGGUCAGUGUCCCGCGCCAGGCAAGUGGAGCUGCUCUUAGUGGCUGAUGACACCAUGACCAAAAAGUACGGCAAGGACCUGAACCACUACCUGCUUACACUGGCCUCCAUCGCCUCUAAACUGUACGGACACGCCAGCAUCGAGAACCCCAUUCGCCUCUCUGUGGUGAAGGUGGCCGUGCUCAGUGAGAAGGAGAAGGGGCUGGAGGUGUCCAAGAACGCCGCAGCGACACUCAAGAGCUUCUGCAAGUGGCAGAACCAGCAAAACCCUCUGGAUGACGACCACCAACACCACCACGACGCGGCCAUCCUCUUCACCAGGCAGUACGAGCACAUAACUGAGGUCAGCACGCUGGCAAGGGGGCAUAAGUUCUGCGUGCCAAACACCUUGAUUCUCCACUACUGCCGCUACACCUGCAGGAGCGUAGUGAAAGACCUGGAGAGGGGGGGGAUUCUCGGAUGUUUGGUUUUGGCUGGGUUGGGAAGGGACCUCUGUGGCCACCACUCCUGCGACACCCUGGGCAUGGCGGACGUCGGCACCAUCUGCUCUCCAGAGAGAAGCUGUGCAGUCAUUGAGGACGACGGGCUUCACGCCGCGUUCACCGUCGCUCAUGAGAUCGGUCACUUGCUGGGUUUGUCACAUGAUGACUCAAAGUUCUGUGAGGAGCGUUUUGGGGUGAACAGCGACAAGCGGCUCAUGUCCUCCAUUCUCACCUCCAUCGACGCCUCCAAACCUUGGAGCCGCUGCACCUCAGCAACCAUCACAGACUUCUUUGACGACGGCAACGCCGAAUGUCUCCUGGACUCUCCUCGCCUGCCUCUCCUCGGCCCCGAAGAACUCCCAGGACAAAGCUACGACGCCGUGCGCCAGUGCCGCCUGGCCUUUGGGCCGGAGUACACCGUCUGUCCAGGCAUGGAUGUGUGUUCUCGGUUGUGGUGCGCCGUCAUACGCCAGGGACAGAUGGUGUGCCUGACCAAGAAGCUGCCGGCGGUGGAAGGAACGCCAUGCGGGAAAGGACGCAUCUGCCUGCAAGGAAAGUGCGUGGACAAGACCCGCAAGAAGCACUACUCGGCAUCCAACCAUGGAAGCUGGAGCUCUUGGGGUCCUUGGGGUCCAUGCUCCAGAACUUGUGGAGGCGGGGUUCAGUUUGCCCAGCGUUUGUGCAACAACCCACCACCACGGAACAACGGGCGCUACUGCACGGGCAAGAGGGCCAUCUAUCGAUCCUGCAGCGUCCUCCCGUGCCCGGCAUCCAAUAAGAGUUUCCGGCAGGAGCAGUGCGAGCUGCGCAACGGUCCCCAGACAGAUCCAAAGGGGGUGAAGACUUUUGUGGAGUGGGUGCCCAAGUACGCAGGAGUCCUCCCCAAAGAUGUGUGCAAGUUAACAUGCAGAGCUAAAGGGACGGGCUACUAUGUGGUGUUUUCUCAAAGGGUGGCAGACGGGACGGAGUGCCGUCCUCACAGCAGCUCGGUGUGUGUGAAAGGGAAGUGUGUCCGCACAGGCUGCGACGGCAUCAUUGGCUCCAAGCUCCAGUUUGACAAGUGUGGGAUAUGCGGAGGCGACAGCACCGGAUGUGUGCGGGUGAUCGGGAACUUCACAAAGAAGAGCAAAGGCUACACUGAUGUGGUGAAGAUCCCCACCGGCUCCACUCACAUCAAGGUUCGUCAGCAUAAGGCCAAGGAUCAGACCCGCUACAGUGCCUACCUGGCACUGCGACGGCCCAGCGGCGACUACCUCCUGAAUGGCAAGUUCAUGAUCUCCACCUCAGAGACGAUCAUCCCUCUCAAUGGUUCUUUGCUCAACUACAGCGGCUGGAGCCAGCGGGACGAGUGGCUCCACAGCAUGGGCCCCGCGGCUCUGCAAGAACCUUUAGUGGUCCAGAUUUUGGCUACAGAUGCCAAAAAGUCCCUGGAUAUCCGUUAUAGCUUCUUCAUGCCGCGGGGGACAGCUCCGCAGCAGCCGUCUGUUCAGAAACUGACCGCCACACACAGCACCACAACUACAUCCACAACAACCAGAGCCACCACGUCCACCACCACCACCACCACCACCAGCACCACCACCAGCACCUCUGCUCCCACAGCUCUGGUCCCUCAGCCACCUUUAGCGCCUGGCACCCCAGCCAAGCCGCCAGGGCCCCAGUGGGUAACGGGACCCUGGAUGGCGUGCUCCAGGACUUGCGAUAAUGGCUGGCAGAGCCGGACGGUGCAGUGUAAGGACCAGGACGGAAAACUAUCGAAGGGCUGCGUGCUGAGCGCCCACAAGAGCUUCAACAAUAGGAAACGCUCCCCGUUCAUCAAGCGCACAGGCUCUCCAAUAGAUGGGUCGUUCCACCUUAAGACCUCAGCGGCCCCUUUCAGCUCCCCUCUCCCUCCGGAGAAGAGUAGCGGAACCCGGCCACGGCGCACCACAGUCGGCCUGGCACACGAGCAGAGCGCCUGGGAGGAGAGCACCGUGGUGCCGGUCAGAUUAAACCCGGAGGAGAAGGAGGAAACGGCCGUGAGGUUGUACCGGUUGGACGUAUUCGAAGAGCAGUUAUUUUUGCGAGUAGAGCCAGACAACAGCUUCGUGGCUCCGGGGUUCGUCUUCCAAAUCCUGGACACUCCUGAGUCCGAGCCGACGUCGGCACCAGAGAGCGAGUGUUUCUUUUCGGGCACGGUGAACAGAGACAUCCUCUCAGUCGUGUCGCUCAACCUCUGCAAUGGAAUGAGUGGCGCAAUUGCUUUUAACGGCAAAGAGUACGUGAUUCAACCCCUGGACAAGGACGGAGACCUGCACAGGAUUCGCCGGAGACACAUCGCAACUUGGCUUGAUAAGGGCAGCUCCAAGUGUGGGGUCAACGAGGACGAAGAGAGGGUGCCAAAGAAUCUGGAGAAAGAAGGCAGCCAGGGAGCGCCUAACGCAGAGCAGACAGGCCACCACAGGACCAGGCGCUUCGUGUCCACUCCCCGCUACCUGGAGAUCAUGGUGGUGGCCGACCAGUCCAUGGCUGAGUUCCACGGCGCAGGGCUUAAAUCUUACCUUCUGACCAUCAUGGCUGUGGCCUCCCGCCUCUACCGCCACCCCAGCAUUCACAACUCCAUCAACCUGGCUGUGGUGAAGCUGCUGGUGGUGUACGAGGAGGAGCGGGGCCCUCAGGUCUCAUCCAACGCCGCCAUGACCCUCCGCAACUUCUGUCAGUGGCAGCGCCAGCACAACCCCCCAAGUGACCGCCACGCAGAGCACUACGACACGGCCGUGCUCUUCACCAGGAAGGACCUGUGUGGAGCACACUCCUGUGACACUUUGGGCAUGGCGGAUGUUGGCACGGUGUGUGACCCGGACCGAAGCUGCUCCAUUAUUGAGGAUGACGGACUGCAGGCGGCAUUCACCGUGGCACACGAACUGGGCCACGUCUUCAACAUGCCUCAUGAUGACGCCCAACUGUGUUCUGGGGUCAACGGUGCACACUGGGGCUCCCACAUGAUGGCGUCCACCCUGUCCAACCUGGACCAGCAGCAGCCGUGGUCUCCCUGCUCGGCCCUUAUGAUCACCAGCUUCCUGGACAACGGUCAUGGUCAGUGUCUGCUGGAUAAGCCGGCCAAGCCCCAGCCCCUCCCCGAGCCGCUGCCAGGGACGGUGUACGACGCGGACCAUCAGUGUCGGCUGACGUUUGGCGAGGACUCCCAGCAUUGUCCAGACCUCAGCACCAUGUGCGCGGCUCUCUGGUGCACCGUGACCACAGCCAACGGUUUGCUGGUUUGCCAGACCAAGAACUUCCCCUGGGCUGAUGGGACGUCGUGCGGGCUGGAGAGCUACUGCCUAGCGGGACAGUGCCUCACAAAGAGUCAAGCCGCCAAACACCAGAUUCCCGUUAAUGGUGGUUGGGGAGUUUGGGGUCCCUGGGGGGACUGCUCCAGGACUUGCGGUGGAGGAGUUCAGUACUCCUUCCGUUCGUGUGACAGUCCUUUACCAAAGAAUGGAGGCAAGUACUGUGAGGGCAAAAGGAUCCAGUACCGUUCCUGCAACACAGAAGCCUGUCCUGAUACCAACGGCCUGUCAUUCCGUGAGGAGCAGUGUCUGGCUCACAAUGACAUGUCAGCUCAGGUUUCACUGGGUUCGGGCGAGGGUGUCGAGUGGGUGCCCAAGUAUGCUGGCGUUUCACCCAAAGACCGCUGCAAACUGGUGUGCCGGGCCAAAGGCACCGGCUACUUCUUUGUCCUCAAAUCCAAGGUGGCUGACGGGACUCCCUGCAGCCCGGACUCUACCUCGGUUUGUGUUCAGGGCCAGUGCGUCAAGGCUGGCUGCGACCGCGUCAUCGGCUCCAACAUGCGCUUCGAUAAGUGCGGAGUCUGUGGUGGAGACGGAUCCACCUGUAAGAAAGUGUCGGGCUCUCUGGAACGCGCUAGGCCGGGUUAUCAGGACGUUGUAACUAUCCCUGCCGGUUCCACCCACCUGGACAUCAAACAACGGGCCCCGGGCAACAGUCGCCACGACAAUAGUUACUUGGCCGUGCGUCGUCAGGACGGAACAUAUCUGUUGAAUGGCGAUUAUAAACUGAUGACCAUUGAGACCGAUAUCGCUCUGAGGGGAGCGCUGCUGAGGUACAGCGGCUCCUCCGCCACCCUGGAGCGCCUCCGCAGCUUCGCUCCUCUCCCCGAGCCCCUCACCAUCCAGGUGCUGUCCGUGGGGGAGGCUCCGCGGCCCCGAGUGAAAUACAGCUACUUUACCCCGCGGCCCGCCAACACUGCCUCCGCCUCCGACAACAAUGGAGGCCGCCGCCAGUCAAUCAAUGCCAUCCGGGAGGUGGGAGGGGCUGAGUGGACCCUGAGGGAGUGGGGUCCAUGUUCCCAGACCUGUGGUGGAGGAACGCAACAAAGAGAGGUUUUAUGCCUGGACCCCCAAGCACGCGUGUCCAAAGACUGCCCUGAGGAACUCCGCCCUUUGGCCUCACGGUCCUGCUCCUCCCAGCCCUGCCCCUCCUGGCUUCUGGGGGAAUGGUCGCUGUGCUCUAAAACCUGUGGCCGGGGCUUCCGCAAGCGUCAACUGCGCUGCGUCGGGUCGGACGGCCGCACGUUAACCCACGACAGCUGUGACCCCAAAGACCGGCCACGACCUCUGCUGGAACUGUGCAAUCAGAGCGCCUGCUAAGGACUGCAUCCCGAGCCGGACCUCCGCUCGUCCCAGCGCUCAGACCACAGCUCUGACCCGCACUGCUCCACGUCCAUGCAGACACUCUAAAGAGGCCAGUAAUGUUUACGUCUCGAGCUGGAGAGCUUCAGAUGAGUCCACCAUGACUGUCACUUCCAAUCUUUUACUCAUUCCUUCCAUCCAUCCCGGGUCCCCUGCGGGAGCAGCAGAGGGCCCGGGUCCAGCUUUACACCGGUCAGCAGUGGCACAUCUGACCUUACAGGAAGGGGAAUCAUUCCAGAUUCCCCUAAAAGACCAUGCUGCUUACCAUGCUAAUGUCAUACUUGUUUGUGAGACUGAGACUAUUUUAAUGUGUGUCAAAUUUUUAUGCAUGUGUUUGUUUGUCCAAGCUGGGCUGGACACACCUGUAAGAUUUAAAGUGGGGGAGGUUACUGCAGAGUAUAUAAAGAAACAAGAGAGUAGCUCACAGUCUAUUUGCUCACCCCAUCAGGUAUGGAAAAUACGAAAGCUCACAGUGUUUAUGUUCAAACUUCAGUCCACACUUAUUUAUCAUAAACUUUAAGCACUUCUUCUUUGUUAUUUGGGGGGUUUGGGUUUUUUUUGUUUUGUUCUGCCAGCGGCACAUUGUAUCAACCAGUUUCUCAAAAUGCCUCAAUUCUUUGUUUUUUUAGCCAUAUCUUGCCCUCAUCAACACAGCCUUUAUUGAGGGAACUCUUCAAAGACCAAAGAGGAUCGUGUGUGUGAAUGUGCGUGCGUGUUUGUGUGUGCGCGGAGACCUAAUGAGGGACUUGUCUCCUGCUACUACUUCAUAAGUAAGUCUCUCCUGCCUUCUGCGAAGGCUUUUUUCAUGUGUUCUCUUUUUUUCCUUUUGUACAGAAUAUCCUCGUUUUAUUUAUUUUUGUACAGCCUGUUAAAUAUAAUCAUGUGGCUUUAUAAAUAUUUUUUAUUGAGAUUACAGAAGGAAGUAGAAUAUAUAGAGUAUUUAUAUACAGUGUUUUAUAUAUAGAUAUGUGUCCUAGGUUCAUGAAUAAAGCAUCACAUGGACUUGUGCAGGUGACAUCUCCGAAGUAGUUUGUCUUUUUAGAGGUUGGAAGGUGCACUGAUCUCUGACCCGCAGUUCAAUAAAAACUCUUUUUCCACAAAUAUGCAAUAUUUACAUGCAACUGACUGCUGAUUCUCUCAUGAAAUACCAUCACAGGUGGCUUUGAUCU